AAUUGCCUUUAUAUCUUGGUAAACCUAUUAACACUGUUACAUAGAUUGUACAACCUUCUAUAUUGUAAGUACACCUGAAGGGUUUUAACAAACAUUAUAACUCAUAUCCAGCCCACAGGGGCAGGCUGAAGAAGCCCCUGUCCCUUUUUUAAUUUAUCCACAAGUUGAGUGGAAAUAACCCAUAAAAAUAUAUAACAAUUGGUGCAACUAGAAUAAAAGUUCUGCAGUUCCUCAGCACCAAGGGCCCCUGGUGGCAAUCAAUGAGCUUCUAUCACCUGUUUCUCUGAGUGGUCCUUUUUGGUACUAUAUGUGGGUUAAAAGGGAUUUCCACCAAAACACUGUUUUACAUAAUGAAAGAACCAUUGAAUGUUUAAUUAGUAAUUUAAAAAUUGCAUAGAAUUAUAUUUUCUUUCACUACGCAAAAAACUAUUUUUGGCUGAAGCACAGUACAGAUUCUAGUGUCAUGGUAAAUGCAACCUUGGUUUUAGAGUUUAAUAAAUCACAGUUAUAGGAAAUGGAAAUGGGCUAGCGUUCCCUGUCCUAUAGUUUGCUGUUGCUUACAUGUAGUAAAUUGAGCCGGUGCAGUUAUUAUUUGUGUCCCCCAGGUUACCAGUUUCUGUUGUGUCCAAAAGAUUAGCGACUUCUAGUAUCCAGCCUUUCAGAUGCAGAUUAAUAGAUGUAACAUUCUCAUCUGCUACCACUGACAAUCUGGGAGAAGGGUAAAGAAUAAAAUAUGCCAGACCUACAUUUCACAGACUUUUCUUUGCUUCCUGGUAUUGCGUGGGGAGGAACAUUGCAAUUCUUCUGCAUUCAGACAUGAGCUGCCCUUUCUUCUUGUGCUUAAUAGAAUGGCAUCCCGAUCUUUUGCAUUAAGCACCCUUGCUAUCAGUGACCUGGACGGUGCUCUGGGUGCUGGGCCUUUCAACACAAAGCGAUGGGCUCUUACUUUGGAGAAUAUCGGUGAAAGUUUGCUGGAACGAGGUUCCUGGGUUAUGACGACUAUCAGCAAAGGCAACAUCAAAGCAUUGAAGGUGAAACGAGAGCCAGGGGAAAAUGGCACAAGUCUUACAGAUGAAGAACUAGUUACAAUGUCUGUCCGCGAACUGAACCAGCAUCUCCGUGGCCUCUCCAAGGAGGAGAUUAUACAGCUAAAACAGCGCCGGCGCACGUUGAAGAACCGUGGCUAUGCAGCUAGCUGCAGGGUUAAACGUGUGACCCAGAAAGAGGAGCUGGAGAAACAAAAGGCUGAACUGCAGCAGGAGGUGGAGAAACUUGCAUCUGAAAAUGCCAGUAUUCGACUGGAGCUAAACUCAUUACGCUCAAAGUAUGAAGCACUUCAGAAUUUUGCUAGGACUGUAGCGCGCAGCCCUAUCAACACUCCUCGUGGGCCAUUCACACCAGGCAAUAGGCCCCUUAUACCGGGUAAAAUGGCCGCAACUAGUGUCAUCACCAUAGUGAAGUCCAAAACUGGCGCACGGUCAUAGGUGUGCGAUAGACAGGAAGGUCUGCUUUAAAGCACAAGCCGUUCAUGAUCAAGGGCAUUAAUUUAAGAAGAGGAAGUUUAUUUCCUAAUUGGUUAACAGGAGAAUAUGGCAGUUAUGUGCUCAGUUUCAGUUUCCAAAGAGCUGAACUAAGCUGGAGAUCUUUGUAAAAAGAGGAAGGAACUGAGCUGCCAGUGUGAAUCCCUGUAGCCCAGAAACUGCAGAUGAUGAGAUGUGUCUGCCUCAUGUCUUCAUGGGAACAAGCAUUUUGGUACAUAACAAGACAUAAGCAGUACUUUAUCUCACAGCUAUCCUUAUAAGAAAUGCUGGAGAAUGAAUAACACUUAUGUGUCCAUAAGCCUAAGCUUGAUCUUUUACAAGUAGAUGCAUCAAAACUGACUGUACUUGAGCUUGGAGGUUCUUGUUAAGUUGUGCUGCUUGCGGUGUUUGUAAUGUUGCAGUGUGAGGUAUGUGGUACUGUGCAGUUGUGCUUGUGUUGUGGUAGGUUAUGUGAAGGAUUAUAAAAGUAAUGCUACUUUUCCAGGUUGGUAUUGUAUUUUGACAUCAAUAUCCACAGUGUUGUAAUUUCAGACUAGGCUGGAGGUAGUGGCUCCUAGUGUGUGUGACUCCUACUGAAUAUUUUGUACUGUAAGACUGUUAUGCUGCUUGUGGGCCGGUGAGAUUAUUUAUUUUUUCGUGAUGUCAGUCUUUUGACAUUAUUGUUGUGAUUGGCUUUUGUGUAUGGCCCCGUGAGUUGUCAUAAUGUCAGAUAAAGCAGCUUAUGUGGGGGGGACUAUUGUGACUAUUUGUGGUGUGUGUUUGUGUGUAAGAUGCAGCCUCUCUCUAUAGUGUAUCUCUGCCAAAUAGUAGCUUGUAGCAUUCUGAAAAGGAUCCUAAACCCUAGAUCUCAGGGUACAUUACAUAUAUAAUAAUAAGAGUCUGAUCAUUCAGUGCUCCUAGCAAACUAAUGCAAGGGCAAGGUAAGUCAUUGUGCCAUACUCUACUUUCUUGUUAAGUUUGAAAUGUUAACAUAGUGACAUUUACUCCUCAUACCUAUAGAAGGCAAGUUCUUCCAUUCACCUAGGUGUCGGAUUUUAUAAUCUUAUAAAAUUAUAUUUUAUAAGAUAAAAAUGCAUUAUGUGGAGAGCCAAAGCAUUAUAUUUCUUCACACUGUUUCAGAAUAAACUCCCCAAUUUAAUGCAGGCAUAUCCAUUAUUUUGAGAUGGAUUUGGUUGGGGCAGUUGUGGAAAACAUAUUUUUAUACACAAUCAAAUAAUGUAAUAUGCUGCCUCAUAACCUGCCUUGUAUAUCUCUUUGCUCACUUUGUUUUGCUUUGUUUUGACCUGGGCACUGUCUGCAAGGAGUCUUUAUGUUCUUCUCUUGUCUGUUUCCUUUGAGUACGUAAGUACUAGUUUGUAUCUCACUUUCCAAAAACAUUCAGGCGGAUGAAACUGUAUAGUGUGAUAGAGAUUUUAAAUUGUAAUUUGCAAUGGAGCAGGGACAAAUAUAAAAGAUGAACAAUGGCUGCAAAGUGCUUGUAACUGUUUAGCACUUUGUAACGAAACUAUAAAAAAAUAAUAUGAAAAGGAACUUUCAAAUCUGAAGCUAUUUAAAUCCAUGUAAAUUUCCUGACCUUAAUAAAAAAAUAGUUUGACAUGC